UCUGUCAAGCUGAUACUGCAGAAGAGAAGAAGAAGUGACAAUGAGAACACAAGAACAGGAAGUUGAAGCCACAAACGUCAGCACGAAAGGGGGCACGACACACACAAAAAGACAAGACGUGGAUUAAGACAACAACGAGGGCGACGUGAGAAUGGACGAGGACUUAAAGAAAGAAGGAAACGUUUACCUUCAGCACCACAGGUUUGGAAAGAAGUGGAAAAGUAUGUGGGGGAUGCUUUUCCGAGAAAGUUCUACUUCCAUUUCCCGUCUGGAAUUGUGGGAAAUUAAAGACGGCGGCAGCGGCGAGAAGAAGCAAAGAAGUGGACGCAAACACACCAAGAUGAUCCGUCUGUCCGACCUGGUCCAAGUGAGCACCAAUGUCCAUGUGGAGGGAUGUCCUGCGGACUCCGCCCCUUUUCGGCUCCAGACAGUCGACAGGGUUGUGGUGCUGGCGGCCCGUACUGACCACGUCAGCGACUGGGCCAUGACACUGUGCCAGCUCGCCUUUCCCGUGAGCUGGGAGGAAUCUUACAAAAGCAGAGGCAGACAACAAGAACAAAGAGAAGACCAAGAAGGGAUGGAGGACAAUGUUUUGUACAGCAGCACCACCAGCACAGGCCGUGACUUCAAGGUACAUGUGCGUAGUACUGCAUCAUCUGAACGUUGCAAUUUAAAGGGCAAUGGCAUCCUAAGAGCGGGCGAGGAUGCCCUCUACCUACUGGACAAUCAAGGCGUCACACUGAUGUCUUGGCCAUACAAAUUCCUUCGGCGCUUUGGACGAGACAAGAGCUGUUUCUCAGUGGAGGCGGGUCGUCGUUGUGAAUCCGGUGAAGGCAAUUUUGAGUUUGACACCAAAGAAGGUCACUCCCUAUUCCAAGCAGUGGAAGCGGCCAUUAGCAUUCACCGUGCCCUUCAAACAUCCGGAGGCAGGCCAAUGAGGGGGGAUCCCUCCCGGAAGGUCAACCUACCACCAUUACCGCCCACGCCGCACACCUACGACUGGCCUUUUUCAGAUCAGGUGGACAUGGCCUUGUCGCAGACAGUGGCGGGGGUCAGUGGGUUGACGUUGGAUAACCGCAGGGGCACCACCUCUGUAAGAAGGUCUCCCGUCAUCCCUAGGCUGCCACCCAUAGACUUUACCUACUCACAGGUGUCCUUUCCUGCAACGCCCCCCGGCACACCCCCAAGUACGACAUCCGCCAGUCAACAGGACGGCGAGUACUCAGAGGUGACGCUAAACUCGACCCGCCUCCAAGAUGAAGCCCUGGAGGGCGGUGCUACUGCGUCACUCGACAGGAAAAUGGAUCACAUUUACGAUGAGCCACAAGUUGAGGACCUGCGAGCUCCGCCGUCUGAAUACGACUUCCCUGAGGAGUUAAAAGGAGAUGCGUGGAGGGUCAUGGCUGCCCCCGCUGAUCCUUUCUAUGCCACCCCUAUACGGAAACACAAGGCCCUUCCUGUUGCAGUGCCAGACGUGCCGUAAGAAGUCAAUGAGACGGCGGCGUGUCAAUGACUAUGUCACCAUCAGUCACAUUUAUGGCAGCGCAUAAAUAAUAUUUAAAAAAAAAAAACACAAAACACCUAAUAGUGGGCCGCAAAAUGAAAAGUAAAUGGUCACCGGGCCGCAAGCUUGAGACCCCAGCUCUACCCGAUUGCACUUCCGACAAAGAGUAAUGAUAUAAUUAAGUAUAAAAUAAACAACUAAACUUUCCGCA